AUGGCUUCAAUAUUACAAUCUUCAGUUAUAACUUCUUGUUCUUUACCAUCUUCAAGGAGGGUCAUUAAAGCAGCAAUUCAUCUUCCAAAACUACAAAAUAUUUCAUUGCCAAAGAUACAAACCAGCAGAAAACAACAACUUGAUCAUCAACUAUUAAUACUUGAAAAUGACACCAACACCAGCAGUACAAAAAUAUUACACGAUCAACAACAACAACAACAAUGUUCUACACACUCUAAAGCCAUUGUUCAACUAUAUGCCGUCUUAGAAGCUGUAUCCGACAGAGUUGAGAUGCAUCAAAACAUUGGCGAACAACGUAACAACUGGAACAACCUUCUAUUAAACUCAAUCAACAUGAUUACUCUAACUGCUACAACCAUGUCUGGUGUUGCUGCUGUCACAAGUGGGGAAGGUGCACCACUUUUGGCUCUGAAGUUAUCUUCUGCUCUUUUAUUCUCAGCUGCAACUGGAUUAUUACUUAUCAUGAACAAAAUCCAACCCUCUCAACUCACAGAGGAACAAAGAAAUGCUACAAGACUGUUCAAACAACUUCGGACACAAAUCCAAACUACAAUUGCUAUUGGAAAUCCUACUGAGGAAGAUGUGAAGGGUACAAUGGACAAAGUUUUGGCACUUGACAAAGCAUAUCCCCUUCCCUUAUUAGGAGCAAUGCUUGAAAAGUUCCCUGCAAAGUUUGAGCCUGCUGUUUGGUGGCCUUCCAACAAAGGAAAAACACAAAGCAAGAAAAUGGGUAAAAUGGAUAAUGGAUGGAGUGAAGAACUAGAAAUGGAAAUGAGGGAGGUUGUUGAAGCGAUAAAGAGAAAAGAUGCUGAAGAUUAUAACAGACUUGGAAAUAUAGCAUUAAAGAUAAACAAGAGUUUGGCAAUUGCAGGACCAUUGCUCACAGGAAUUGCAGCUAUUGGAUCUUCAUUCAUAGGAAAUGGCAGUUCUUUGGCUGCUUUUGUUUCUCUUUUGGCAGGUUCAUUGGCUGCUGCAGUUAACACUUUUGAGCAUGGUGGACAAGUUGGGAUGGUUUUUGAAAUGUACAGAACUUCUGGUGGCUUCUUCAAGUUGUUAGAAACCUCAAUUGAAUCAACUUUAAGUGAGAAAGAUUUAGAGAAAAGAGAAAAUGGAGAGUUGUUUGAAAUGAAAAUGGCUUUACAGUUGGGAAGAAGUGUAUCGGAGUUGAGGGCACUUGCUUCAAAAUCAGCUUCCUUUCGAAUGGAAGGUGUUGACAUAGAUGAAUUCGCCAGCAAACUCUUCUAAGAUAAUCUUCAUAAGAAAACACAUUCUUUUGUUCGUUCAUGUAUACAUGUCACAUUC